ACAGUAUUAUUUUGAGAAGUAGCGGAGUUGCUUCCCACGGUUGACGGAACUUGUAACUUAUUCCUCUUCCUAUGCCUCUGUCGUCAUAGCCAAAAAGUGGCACUCCUCACAUGACGACGACUUCAGCAACCACAACCACAGCCACCGCCACCGUCAUAGUCCCUUCUUCUUCUCCUUCUCCUUCUCCUUCUCAUAUGGAUUCUUCUAACUAUAACAAGCCAUCUUCUUCUACUUUUUAUUUUUCUUGUUCAACUGUCUCUUCAGCUGCCGCUGACAGCAAGGGGCAGUCGAUUCAGCAGCGGAGGCUUACGAGGCAGAGGAGACUCCGCGACCAUGACGCUGCCACCGACACCUAUUCCUUGCCGGCUUCUCCUCUCCCUUCUUUCAAGUCCUUCGACUCGCCUGCCAUGCCUCUCCCCCUGCCACGUCCUGACUCCCCGUUGACCCGCCGUCCCGAGUCAACUAGUCCCAAUUCCGGUCAUCCUUUCUUUGCCACUCCGCGUACCAGAAAGAGUGCGGAUCAUGAUGCAGCUAAAAAUGUAAGAUCUCCAAGCAAUUUGCGCAGAGCAUCUUUUGAUCCGACGAUCCAGAGUGCAAGAUAUGAUUUAACAGUCAAUAUACCAUCUACAACGGUGCUAUCUGGCAAUAUUGCAUACAAAUAUCCCCAAGAACACUCUCAUGAGAGUUACUCUGAGACUAUUUCUGAGUUGAAACUGCAUUAUGCUGCCAAGAGUGCCCCAACAAGCGUACUAUCCAGUCCUGUUACAAGUCCGCGUAGAUCCAGCAACUUAGAUUUCUAUGAUCCUUCCAUACAUUUGUUUCAAGAUUUCAAUGAAACUUUCAAAGUGUCACCGGCAAAAACACUUCACAGUCCAGACCUUUCUUCCCUUCGCAGCCGCAGUCCUUUCCACACUCCUAAUAACAUUCGAGAGGGAUCUCAGCCUUAUAAUCUUUGCUCCAAAGAGCGGCCUGAAAGCAAUGCACAUCCAUUACCCCUUCCACCUAAAUCUCCAUCUCCAUCACCGGCUCAAUCAACUAUCAUGCAUCAAACUUCUGAAAUUUCACCCUCCAUGAAGAAGGGUCAAUGGCAGAAAGGGAAACUCAUUGGCCGUGGAUCAUUUGGAAGUGUUUAUCAUGCUACCAACCUAGAAACGGGAGCAUCGUGUGCAAUGAAAGAGGUGGAUCUGAUUCAUGAUGAUCCUAAGUCUGCUGAUUCCUUAAAGCAACUAGAGCAGGAAAUCCGAAUUCUCCGUCAGCUACACCACCCUAACAUUGUGCAGUAUUAUGGCAGUGAAAUAGUUGGUGAUCACUUGUACAUAUAUAUGGAGUAUGUUCAUCCUGGGUCAAUUCAUAAAUUUAUACAUGAAAACUGUGGAGCUAUGACUGAGUCUGUUGUUCGCAAUUUCACUCGGCAUAUUCUCUCUGGAUUGGCAUACUUACAUAAUACAAAGACUAUCCACAGGGAUAUCAAAGGUGCAAACUUGCUGGUUGAUGCCUCGGGCAUUGUCAAGCUUGCAGAUUUUGGGGUGUCAAAAAUUCUGACAGAGAAAUCAUAUGAACUUUCAUUGAAGGGAAGUCCCUACUGGAUGGCUCCAGAGCUUAUGAUGGCUGCCAUAAAGAAAGAAUCAAAUCCUGACAUUGCCAUGGCCAUCGACAUAUGGAGCUUAGGGUGCACCAUCAUUGAAAUGCUGACUGGCAGACCUCCUUGGAGCGAAUUUGAAGGGCCUCAAGCAAUGUUCAAGGUACUACACAGAUCCCCACCUAUACCAGAAACUCUAUCUUCAGAGGGACAGGAUUUCCUUAAGCAGUGUUUCAGAAGGAACCCUGCGGAUCGACCAACAGCAGCAACCCUCCUUACACACGCCUUUGUACAAAAUUUGCAUGAUCAAGAUGUCCUAAUUCAUCCCCAACAACUCUAUCAUCCUAAAGGAGACCCGGGACCAAAAGAGAAUACACGCAGACGCAAUAGCCCAAAACACAAUUCAAAAUCUAGUCCCAGACACUCCAUUGGCUCCAGGAUUAUUAACAAGAUUCAUAAUAUAAUCGGUGAUAAAAAAUAUGAUAGUGAUGAAUGUAAUCAUAGUACAUCUUCUGCUGACUCUCCUCACUCCCUGACAGAAGUUAACGCUCGUCAACCUCCCCUGAAACCUACACUCAAUUUCAUGUCUCUUGCACCAUUCAAGGUUAUCAAAAUCAUCAGACACAUUUGAAGGAUACCGCGGUGAAGAGGCUGGGGCAUGAAUUUCUUCUGAUUUUGCACUGAAGAUCACGAGAUGCAUCAAUAUGCCAAAUCACACUCUAGUAGUUCUUUGAUUUGGUUGGAUUUAAGAGAUGUAAAUGUGGUUAAAUCGAAUAUUGUGGCAUCCAUCCCAAGCUGCAUUUAACCACAUUUAUCAAGUCUAACUAAACUAACUAACUAUUGUAUCAUAGGUGAUGUAGUAAUAUUGAUAUACCUUGUACCUUGUGAUCUUCACUGAACGAUCGCCGAGACACAUCACAUGAUUUGAUCACAACACUAUUUGAUGAGGAUCAUUUCUGUUCUUGCCUAGAAACAUAACAGCCAAGGAUAUGAUCAGAUCAUCUGAUCUGAUCUGUGCGAAAAAUUUUGUAUGAUUUAUCAUGUAUAGAUUUUUGCAAUGGAUUAAGAACUUGGUUCACCAUUGAUUAGAUUCUCUACUUAAUCAAGGACAAAAAUCUAUUCAUGAUAAGUUAUAUGAGAUUGUGAUGAUCUAGUAUACCCAAAUAUUGAAAUAGAAGAAAUAACACAUUCAUAUUGAUUUGUACUCGUAGUUAUUAUGUCUGUAUAUAUCAAGACUAGGUUAGUCGACGAACUUCUUCCAUGUAAAAUUGUUUUAUUUUUUUAAUAUAUAUAGCCAUUUUUCUUUC